CUCUCUCUUCCACUUUGCUUCUUUCUUUUUUAGUUUCUCUUUUAAGAUAUUUUCAUGCCCAUCUUCUCUGCUCUUCUUGUUUGAUCUUGAUCUAUCUGGGUCCUUUUGUUUUCAAUCAAAGUUUGGUCCUUUGGGAUUCAAAACCCAUUACCUAUAUUCAAGAUCUUCACUUUUCUCUCAUUUUCUUUCAAGUUCUUAGCUUCCUUUUAUGUGUUGGUGUGGUUGAGGCAUUUCCUCAAACAUAAAGUGACAGUUUUGUUUCAUUUUGGCAUUUUUUUUCCUUUCAGGACAUCUUGAUGCUCAAUAUCUUGUUCUUGAUGUUUGAGAUUCAUGUUUCCAAUUCUCAGUGAAAUCCUCCUUUCUGGGUUUAUAAUAAAUUCUACAUUCAGGCGCAUGACCCAUCUUGUUCAAUCCUUCUCAGUUGUUUUCCUCUACUGGUUGUACUAUGUUUCAUGAUUUUCACCUUGAAAUCUGCUAAUUAGUAUGAUCUAUUAGUAAUAUUACUAGUUUACUACUAUCUGCAUUGUCUGUGUUCUAGUUAUUACCAUCUGCGUUGUCUGAGUUCUAUUUCUUUCUUUCUAGGUCCUGCUAUUAUCUAUCCCUCUUGAUUUAUUCUUUUUGUUGAAAUUUGAAACUUGAGAUUGCAAGAAUCAGGUGCAAUUUCCAUGGCUUCUUCUAGUGGCGCAUCUUCAGGUUCAGGGUCACCUCAGAUACAGAACUCAGGCUCUGAGGAAGAUUUGCAGGUACUGAUGGAUCAGAGAAAGAGAAAGAGGAUGAUAUCCAACAGGGAAUCUGCCAGGAGGUCAAGGAUGAGAAAGCAGAAGCACUUGAAUGAUCUGAUGGAACAGGUGGCACAACUGAGGGAGGAGAACAACCAGAUCAUCACAAGCAUAAACAUCACCACUCAGCAUUUCCUGAACAUUGAGGCAGAGAACUCUGUGCUGAGAGCUCAGGCUGGGGAACUAAACCACAGAUUGCAGUCCCUGAAUGAGAUCAUCACUGUCCUGAAUGCAGGCCAAGCUGCCUUUAAUUGUGAGGACACAAGUUCUUCUUUCAUUGAGCCUGUUGAUGGCUUCCUUAACCCCUUGAACAUGGCCUACUUGAAUCAGCCCAUCAUGGCUUCUCCAGACCUGUUUCAGUACUAAUCUGAGAUGGGAUCACCAAAUUUUAGGCAGAUAUUCAGCAGGGUAAAAAGAGAGAGGGUCUAUGUAAUGCUUAAUUUAGUGUGCUAAUGAAUAAGAAAUGUCCAGGGACAAGUUUGUCUUUCUUGGUUAUUGCCUAUUAGUGGGGACUUUUGGUCUGUAAAUUGCGGUGUAACUUAGAAAUAUGUAUGCAAUUAUCUAUAAAUUGACAACUAUUUG